AAGUUUGAAAACAAAUCUGAAAUUUUGCAAAAAAAACCGAUUUCCUGUAAAUUCCAAGCACUUCCUGUUGUAUUUGAGACACGGUGACAUUGCAAAAAGAUCAAUUGUAGCUUAAGGAAAGGGAAAUUCCAAUGAAAAGCACAGAGAAAUGGCGAAAAUAGCGCCGAGAAGUGAAUUCCUGCAACUCGAAGGGAUUCAAUUGGAUUCCCUGUGCAGACUCUGUGGGAAUAUGAACAUAAAUCUCAUCCCAGUGAUUGCAGAAGAUGGCCAGGAGACGGAAUUGCUGCAGAAGAUUGUCACGCAUCUCAAGAUUUUGGUUAAUCCGGAGGAUGUUUUGCCAAAGAAGCUGUGUAUUCAUUGUACAAAUACCCUUGUUUCCUGGCACAGCUUCUAUGAGAGUUGCCGGGAGACAAAUGAAAAGUUCCACGCAAUGAUUAGUUGUGCCAAAAAUGGAGGAAUUGAGGAAGUUGCUGAAGAUUUACAGCCGGAAGUUCUUCCGGAAGAUGGGGAAGAAGCCGAAAUGGAUGAAUAUAUUGAAUUUCUCGAUAAGGAAGACUGCGAAGAUGAAAAUGUGGAUUUAUUGAAUGAGGAGGAAGAACAUUUGCUGCCUGGAGAGGUGGAUCUCGGUGAUGCCAGAUGCUCCAAAGAUCCUCAUGGUGAGAAUCUCAAGAAAUCCCCCCUUUAUGACGAAGAUUUCGUCCUUAUUGACACCCAAGGGGCACUAGAAAAUGAGGCAGUAAAGCUUGAAAUUUGCGAUUUAGCCGUUGAGAGUGAGCCCGAGGAAGCUCCUCGGCCGGAAUUAGUUGAGAAGAAUCUCUUUAUACGACGAUCAGGGCAGUUCAUUUGUCCCCAAUGCCCCAAAUCCUUCAGGGUGAAAAAGGAAUUUGUCCAGCAUUUGGUGGAAGAGCACGAAUUCAGUGAGAAUGUGAAGAAUGGCGUAAAAAUAAGACCAGAAAUUGAUCCGGAAGACGUGAAGAGAGCAGAAGUUGAGGAAGAUGGACGGCUGAUGUACAAAUGCAGUGAAUGCAGGAAGAUACUCAAGAGUCUGGACACUUUUGUGUGGCACAGACAAAUCCACACGGGUGUGAAGAUGUUUAGUUGUCAUUUGUGCAAGAAGACCUUCCGGAUUCAGCAGGGGCUCAACAGGCACAUCCGGGAGUUUCACUAUCGCGAAAAGAAGUAUCCCUGCGACCUGUGUGGGCAGAAGUUCCUCAAUCGGAGGACAGCCAAUGAGCACAGACGCAUCCACACAGGGGUGACGCCGUUUGAAUGCGAAACCUGCGGGAAGGCAUUCAAGCAGAAGGCAGGAUUGUUUAUCCAUAGAAAAUCUCACAAUCCCAUCCCGGAAUACUACUGCGGGGUGUGUCAUCAGGGCUUCCGCAUCCGGUAUGCUCUUGUGCUGCACAUGAAGAUCCACACGGGAGAGAGGGAGCACGAGUGCGAAGUUUGCCAUCGGAAAUUCCGCCUCAAGGCUGAGCUGCAGCGUCACAAAACCCUCCACAGUGGGGAGAAACCCUUCCAGUGCCCUGAAUGUGGACUUCCUUUCCGCAUGAAGCGCUACCUGCAGCGUCACAUGAAGCAUCAUCAUCCCACAGAUGAAGACAACACUGAUGGGCAGCUGAAGGAGCACACAAAGCAGGAGCACAUUGACAGAGUCUUCCUGUGUGGUCAAUGUGAGAAUUAUGUGCCCAGAGAAGAGCUAAUUCAGCACAUGAUGACCCAUUUGGCACCACAACCCACAAAUUCCCAAGAACUCCCACCGGAAGUUCUCCAGGAAACUCCCAAAGAGACAAAUGAGGAGGAAAAAGAAGAGGAAGCCAAAGAGAAUCGCCCCCUGAUGACGUUCAAACUGAAAUGCCCGCAAUGUCCGAAGGAAUUCUCAAAGAGUGGCCUUCAGUACCACAUCCGGCAGUUCCAUGAGAAGGUGAAAGAUGCAAAAUGUGGGAUUUGCAGCAAAGUCUUUGGGUGUGGAUCAACACUGCGGAAUCACAUGAAGUACAAACAUGAGAAUGUGAGGAAUUUUCACUGCAGUGACUGCCCGAAGGCAUUUAAGACGCAGAGUUCGCUGUAUAUUCACCGGAAGAGCGUCCAUGAGGCUGUGCAGCGGUUCUCCUGUGAGUUGUGCUACAAGAAGUUCCCUUUCCGGCAGCAAUUGAAGCUGCACCUGUUGACUCACACGAAGGAGAAGACGCACUUCUGCAGGAUUUGUCAGAAGGGAUUUACAGUGAGGAAAGAGAUAUCUUGCACAGCACAUGAAAAGGAAGCAUUUGGUGGCUCUGGGGAGAUGAUGAAGAAAAUGGGAAGGAGGAGGAAAUAUGGUGGGAAGGGGUUUAAGGGAGGAGUCUUCUGGGGAGGAUUUCUUGUAUUGAUCCAAAUGGAUGUUCAGGAAGUUCAGGAAGUUCAGGGAGAUGUUUGUAUGGAGGAAGUGAUAAAAGAAGAGCUUCUGGAAGAAGAAAUAUUCGAAGGAGAAGAUUUUAGAGCAAAAGAAGGCUCAGAAGCAGAAGAACUCCCAGAAAUGGAUGCUCCAGAAGAGUGCAAAGCUCAAAGGAAAGAAAAAUUUCAGGAAGAAGAGAAAACUCGACGAAGGAAACGUUUAAGAAGAGAAUUUAGACAAGAAAAAAGUAUAAAUGAAAAUCUUCCGGAAGGAGAAUUUCCAGGAGAAGCUUCAAAAGGAAAAACUCAAGAAGAAAACGUUCAGGAGGAGAAACUUUCAAAAAUAAUUAAGAUUGAAAGAGAUUUAAAUGAAGAUCUUCUUCCAGAAGGAGAAUUUCAUGAAGAACUUAAUGAACAAGAUCAUCCGGAAGAGGAAUAUCGGGAGGAUGACGAACGUCCGGAAGAACAAAUUAAUAAGAUUUCGGAAGAAGCUCAAAAUUUGAUGGAAGAAGAGUCUCAAGAAUCUCCUGAAAAGAAAUUUAAUCAAAUUCAAGGACUUCCGGAAGUGGAAUUUCAAGAAGAAGAAGAAGAAGAAGAUCUUUCAGUAAAAGAAUUUUCAGAAGAAGACGCCAAAAAUGCCCCAGGAAGCAAAUUCCUGGAAUUCCCGGAACUCCCGGAAAGGGAAUUGAAGCCAGCCACAAAGUCAAGAGAGAACAAAUCCAAUGAUGCCUUUCUCUGUGAGAUGUGCCAUCAAAUCUUCACGCGAGAGUACAAUCUAAUGAAGCACCUCACAACACAUACAGAAGAUCAUCCCUGCUGUGUUUGCUGCCUCAGUUUCCCCACAAAUUCCGCCCUGAAGGCCCAUGGGAUGAAUCACACGAGGGAGGAAGUCCGGGAAGCUGAAAACUGCCGAUGGGUGAUUAAAUGUGAGUCAUGCAGUGAGAAAUUCACCUCAACCUACCACCUGUACCGUCAUGAGAGAUCCAGUCAUGAUACAGGAAAGAUGUACCCUUGUUCCCAAUGCCAUGAAGUCCUCCCAUCGGGGACACUGCUGCGAAUCCACGAGAGACGUCAUCAGGUCUUCCCGUGUGAGGUGUGCGACAAGGUGUUGCGGAGUCAAUUGGCCCUGAGGGAGCAUCAGUUCAGCCACACGGGGGAGCAGCCGUAUUCGUGCCAGGAGUGCGGGAAGAGUUUCCGCUACAGCACGAGUUUGCUGGAGCACCAGAAGACCCACAGAGGGGUGCGGAAGUACAAAUGCAGUCACUGCGACAAGUCCUUUACACGCUCAAAUAUGCUGAAGGAGCACGAGAGGAUUCACACGAAGGAACGUCCCUACAGAUGUCACAUUUGCCCGGCAAAAUUCACCCAAUCGAAUUCCCUCAAGAAGCACAUCCGGACGGCUCAUAUUUCCUGCAAGAAUUGCGGUCAGUACUUUGGGGAUGAUCUCGAUGAGGUUCUACAUCGAUGUCGUGGGGAGAAGUGA